UCGUGAACUCAUCAUCUUCGUCCAGGAUGGAACCCUUCGACUCUGACUCCCCAAUUCACGGGAAUAUGUGCUGAGCGUGAGCAAGGGCUUCAAAGGGACGAUCAUUCCUCCGACCAAGAAUGGCCUCCGUUCAGAAAGGGAGUGUUAUUGCGAUCAUGGGCGUGAGCGGUUCUGGGAAAUCCACAAUAGGACAUAUGCUAGCAGAGGUCAUGGAGUGCAGCUUUCUCGACGCUGACGACUUCCAUCCAACAUCGAAUAAAGAAAAGAUGCGUAAAGGAAUCCCUCUCUCCGAGGAAGAUCGAAUCCCGUGGCUCGAAACGCUACGGGACACCUUGCGUGAGAGCUUGCUAGACGGAAAAACUGUGGUUCUUGGCUGUUCUGCUCUGCAGAAGCAUUAUAGGGAAAUUCUGAGAUCCGCUGACCCAAAGUAUCGGUCAGGCAGCUUCUCUAGUUCAGUGAAGUUUGUAUUGUUGGAUGUGGAGGCCAAAGUUCUCACUGCCCGACUGCAGAUAAGAGCUACAGAAGGGAAGCAUUUUAUGCCGCUUUCGCUUUUGGAGUCUCAGCUGGAGUUGCUCCAGGUGGAUGAAGCGGAAGGCAUUUGGAAGGUUGAUGCUUCUUUGAGUCCGCAAGCGAUUGUGGGCAACAUUCAAGCUUUGAUUUUACAGUCCUGAGGUAACCGUCGAGUUGAUUCUGUACUUUGUAAUGCUAAGGAUUACCCUGGGCCAUCGAAUUGAGGGGUGGUUCGAUAUGCUUUAUACAUUGAGUUGGAAGGGAGAUGUGUUAAAACCAACAUAUUACUGAAUCUCUCCCGAUUGAUUGGGAAAUUUGAAAGAGAUAAUUUCGAAUAAGGAAGCAUAGAAAAGAGCUUCUGCAGUGCCUCUGGAA